AUGUCUGGAAUCGAAGUUGCUGGUUUAGUUUUCGGUGUUCUACCUAUACUUUUCGAGGCUGUGCGUGCCUAUUCAUCCGUAUCCAAUGGCUUGCAUACCUUCCGCCAUUGGUCGAAGGAGGUCAAGUCUAUUGCCUUGCAACUCAGAGUUACCGAUGGUAUCUUUCUCAACGAAUGCUGCCUAUUGCUGCGACUAGUUGAGGAUGAGCAAGCUGCUGAGCAUAUGCUCAAAGAUCAGGAGGACUGGCGAUGGACCAGCAAGGAACUGGACGAUAAAUUGAGUGAAGUACUCAAAGACAGUCUCUACAUUUGCUGCAGUAUUAUUCAGGAGACAAAGGAUGUUGCGGAAACUAUGGAGGAAGAGAUGAAGAAGUUCAACAUUUUGCAAGAACAAAAGCAAAAGGAUGAAAAGCUCAAAUAUGCCAUCAAACGUCUACGCGGAGCUGUCGCAAUAUGUUUUGACAAAUCCAAGUUCGAAAAAGGCUUAGCAAAGCUACGAGACCGCAAUGGCGAGCUUGCAGCCUUGAGACAGCAAAUGACUGCUUUCCAGCAAAAUGCCAAAACAUCAGGUACCCUGAUCAGACACAAGGCGCUCCCGGGUCGAUUUCAUUCGAUUCAAAGUGCAUCACAAAAACUGCAUGAAGCCAUUUGCGAUGCUUGGUGCUGCGAUAAUCCAGCGCACCGCGGACAUUACGCCAAACUAUGCUUGGAUGCAGAGGUCCAUACUGAAGUUCAUCUUGACCUUGCCAUCUCUUGUCAUGAACUAAGGGCAGGUGCCGGCAACCUUCACCCUGGAGAGCCACCCAUAUGGCUGUACGUACAAUCGACGAGUAUGAUGUCAAGUCAUUGCCUUGCGACGGCUUCAGGUCCCAUGGCGACCCUAACAGCAGCCCUGCCAUCCGAUUCGUAUACAACACCACCUACCAAUAUCUUGAAGAAGAAAGCAUCUUCGGAUCUUGCGCAGGCCACAUCAAGUAAAAAGAAGGCCAAACGAGUCCGUUUCGGCGAUGAUACAACUACUCUGAGUAUCACACCAUCUACCUUGACCACUGCAAUGCCACCGAUUACAAUUCAACUCAAUCUUUGCCUUGAAAAGAGCAUUUGCAACUAUCUCAAGCGAAGCUACCGAGCGUGCGACAGUUCUCCAACCAAGAACUGCGUCGGCUACUUGGAGACGCCACAACUGUAUAAACACAUGUUCUUCGCCAAACGCAAGACACCCAACAUGCCAGAGUACAAUACAGUCUACUCUGUAUUCGACAUCAUGCAGCAAGAAGCCGAUGACGCCCUCGAUUUGCAGGACCAGCUCAAGCUCGCCCAUAAAGCUGCUAUAGCAAUCUUGCAAUACAAUGACACACCAUGGCUCCAGGAACGUUGGCGUCUAAACCAGCUAGGUUAUUUCGGAAGCGGAACCAACUUCGACGAAACAUCACUGAAAACGCUCCAUCUCAGCUCUCAAAUAUCAACCCCUCACCAGCCCACAGUCAUGGACGACAUCGAAGCAAUAAACCAAGUAAGCGACGAAAUCCGCUACGGAAUCAACAACCUUCCUCUCUUCUUCCUAGGCGUCGCUCUACUCGAAAUCGCACAUUGGAAACCGCUCGAGGAGAAAAUGAUAGCGAGAGACUGCAAUGACCAGGUCUACGCAGCUCGUCGUCUAGCAUCUGGACGAGCUCCUCUGGGACCUGAGUACCAGAAGAUUGCGCAAAAGUGUCUACAGUGUAACUUUGGUUUUGGCACUAAGCUUAAAAGCAAAAGGCUUCAGGCAGCGGUGUACAAUGAUGUUGUGUGUGAGUUAGAGGGUAUGAUUGAGAGACUGAAUAUUUGA